AUGGCCUCACCUCUAACCCCAGCUAGAAGAACGUUCGACAUCCCCAAUACUGAGACUGGCCUCGCAGAAUGGACCAGUAAGAUCAAGGCGAUGCAACGGCAAGUUGACGCAGAUGAGGAAGCAGAACAAAAACGACUAGAAGAAGAGAUUGCUGCAUCAAGGAGGGCUCGUCUACGCAGAAGCCGCGGUAACACUCCUAGUGAUAGUCCAAACAUGUAUCGGCAUAACCACUUGAGCGACGCCCCCGAGAUCGAUGAGCCAAAGUCGAUUCCAAACCGACAGAAUGAUGCAUUGCAGAAAAUCAUUAGCAAUAAUCAUGUUUUCAAUCCCGACAAAGGAUCAUCAGAUACCUUGUCGACGCGACUCCCGACGGCGAAAAAGCCCGAAUCUAUAUCUCUCGCUGCCUUUAUGGGAGGUCGUGCGAGCGGACCCAAAUUGAAUCGCCAUGCUCCUCAACAAGACGCUCAUGAUCCAACUCAGUUUGACCAACCAGAUACAAGGGCACCACAUCCGAUUUUUGGAAAGGGAGGGGUGGCUAUGCCUGGCAUGGCUACGAAGAGUGGAACCCGGGAGAGCACACCUUCGGCUUCCAGUAAAGAGGACUCUGACCGAUCCCGUCAAUCAAGAGGCAGCUCAGCUUCCGCGACGUCUUCAACUGCUCAAAGAUACGCCAACAAACCGUCCUUCUCGGAAAGUGAACCUCAUCGGACGCCUGAAACAGUUAUAACCCCCGCGGCUACGCGCUCAAUGGAGAAGGAGAGCUCCAAACCCCCACGCGAUAAGCUUCCAACAGCAAAGUUGUACGUGAAGGGACAGAGGGAGCCCGAGCAGCAUGCGAUCUCUGCACAUAACGCUGGGAUUCGGGAACGUACAACGAGCACUCCCAUCGCUGCCCCAGCUGACAACUUAGGGGAAUCUCCAACUGUGAGUGCCCGGCCUUUGGGAAGUGACGCUUUCUCGCGCACAUCGAACCCUGUAGCGCCAAAAUAUACCCCUAUGAGAGACCGUACCAUCUCAACACCUUCCUACAUGGCCAAUGAGAGAGAGCCUAUGAUACCCAAAGAGCCUCGGCAAACUUUGAUUCCUCAAUCUUCGCGUCCAUCUACUUUUACGCCACCCUCUCUGGCGAGACCAAUUCUCCCGGAAGCUCGCUUGCCAUCGCAAACGCCUGUAAUUCCGGCCACACUGAUCGCUUCUCCGGCCUUCCAAAGGUCCCAGCUUCAAAAGGACCCAUCUCCGAGCAUUAGUCGACUUCAGGGACGCGGCUUUGUUCAGAACAUGGUGAAGGCCAGCGUUCAAUUAGAACAGCAGUCGGGACCUUCUCCACCUGACAAACCUGACAAAUCUCGGCCAGCGAAUGGCGGACGGAAGAGUUCUGUGCUGGAUCGUUGGCAACCUGGUACACAAUCAAAUUCUUCGCCCACUUCUUCCCCCAUGACUUCACCUUCCCAUCGGCAAGAUGCUUUCCACUCUUCUCCAGUGAGAAGAUUUACAACGACAAAUAAUAAGGAUCUUCCCACUGAAUUGCCACAUAUGCAAAAGCCAGUCCCAGCGCCUACAUCUCUCAAAUCUGUAGCAUCUUUACCCUCCUUACUGAAGUCAGGGCCUUCAACCCCCAUCAAACCUCUCACCCCCAGGACGCAGGAGAUAAUCAACAAGAUGCCUCCUGAAGGUGAUCUUGGCUCUGCUACCACUAUGUUUGUCGUCAAACCUAGCAAAUCUUCGACACGAUUGCCAGCUGUUGACGAGCUGGGGGUGAAGCAUACUGUAAUUCCUACUUUUGGGAACCGUAAAGGCCAGUUUCGUGCUUCUCUGGAGACGGCAGCUUCAUCAGGAAAGCCGUUGAUUCAUCCGACGAAAGACAGAGCUCGAAAACCCAAGAAGUACAGCGCCCAAACUAGUUCAGAGCUUCCACAAAAGUCUUCGCCCUUAUCUUGGAUGCAGAGACCAGCUCAGGUGGCCAUAGAUGACAGUUUGCCUUCCGCAACACUUCCCUCAAGUUCGCCCUCCAGUGGGGGCUUUGCAAUAAAUGAUGCCCCCAUAUCGCAGAAAAAGCAGCCAUCUGCUGAAGCGAUCUCUAAAGAACCCAUCUCUGAUUCAAAGGUUGCCCGUGCCACAAAGGAGUGGGCGAGAGCAGCUCAAGCCAAAACGAAAGAGGUAACGGAUUCAGGGAAUCUCUUAGCCGAAUCUAGGUUGAAACCCUCGGGGAUGCUCAAGCAACCCCUUCCAGGUAUGGUACUCUCAACAGCACGAGUCGACGAGGCCAGUUCACCUCCCGAGCGCUCCCCACGAUCGGUUUGGGCCGGGCCUGUCACUUCUAAUCUCCCCCAGAACCCCCAUGCUGAGUCCAGGUCCAAACCUUCAGGAAUGCUCAAACAACCCCUACUAAACAUAGCUCCCCCAACAGCGCCAUUUGACGAGGCUAAUUUCCCCCAACAGCGCUCCCCUCGACUGGAUAUCGCAAGGCCAGUCGCCUCAACCCCCAUGGAUGCGCGGGAUAGUGGGGCCAUUGUAAACGCAUCUUCGAAACACAAUCGCAUCCCCAGUACAGGGAACCGCGCUACAGUUAUGGAUGUUGCUCAAGCACUUAGCGAUCAUCCAGCAGUGGUCGGAAGGCUGGAUGUUUCACCAACUUCGAUCGUUGUAGAGACUGCGUCAACAUCAGUCAUGGAGCCAAUGAAGUCUCGCAGUACUAUGCCGGCAGAGAAACGCAAAUCUAGCUACGAGAGAUACUCUGCUGUUGUUUUACCACCACUGAAAGAGGAGGCCACACCUACGUCAUCUCCUUCUGGUACGUUAUCUGGUAUAAGUGCACCCUCCCUUCGCAAUGAGUCAGUAAAUGGCGGUGCCGACUCUGCGCGAGUCGGACAAGCGCAAAACGUUAUUCAUAUAAAUCACCAAGACGAGUCGCUACCCGAGGUUGACAUUGCAUCUUUAGCCAGACCACAGUUCCACACGUUAUCACUGCCACCCGACACACAGACCAUUUCGGUGGACGUAAUUGUCAUCAAAGGCGCCACGGCAAGUACUCUUUCGCAAAACUUGGACAUUUUCUAUGACACAGAGACAUUGGCUGUUGUCAAUCGUACAAAGUCGAAGAGUACUAGCUUGGCGUCGACGACAGUUUGGGCGUGGAUAGGAAAACGAAGCCACUGGGGCGAGAAGGAGGAGAAGAAGCUACAAGAACUAGCGAAGCAUUAUGGAACAAGCCCUUCCCUUGUUUACCAAAACUCCGAACCGAUUGAGUUAGUUUUCGCUCUGGGUGGGCGGCUGGCUGUUCGUCAGGGAACUCGGACGCACUGGACACCCGAAAACACAACAAUGCAUUCGGUCAGAUUGUCUCACGGCGUCAUAUUGAUCGACGAGCACGAACUGAACGUUCGCAAUCUGUGUUCUGGAUUCUCCUACUGUCUCACAAUCCUGGAUACGGUAUACGUAUGGCAUGGCUGUGGCUCAACUGAUCUCGAGAGGAAGGCGGCCAUCGAAUAUGCCGAAGGCCUUGUCAGGACAUCGGCCCCGCCGGUGGAGCUCCUUGAGGGUGAGAACGAUACCGAUGAAAUGUUCUGGAUGAUUCUCGGAGACGAACAAUUCGCAAAAGCCGACUAUUGGCAAUGGAGAAAGACUUCCCCCGUCAUUGAUCCAAGCAUCUGGAAGGUGGAGGCGAGCCGCAAUAAGCAUGCAAUAACACCUGUAGAGACCUUUUCGGAACGAAGCUUCAACCAGCAAUCAGCUUAUAUCCUCGAUUGUAUAUGGGAGUUGUUUGUGCUGGUGGGCACUGAAGCCCGAGAUCGGAGGCAAGACAUCAGGCUUGCGAUAAAUGUUGCCGUGAAACUUGCGAAACGAGCAGCGUCGGAGCGACCAUACAAACCUACAGUCCAUGUUCUCGUACUUCCCUCGCAGCUGCCCCUCGACCUUCGGCUCAGUGUUCGUUGUUUGGAUGAAGUUUUCUUGAAUAACGGUGAAGUACCGGAUCAUAUGAAUCUACUAUCUUCUACUGAAGCCUCAAGUCAUUUGGAUACUUAUACUUGGGAUCGAAGCGCUUUAAAAGACGAGGCCAUGCUUCCGCUGGGUGUCGCUGUAACGGAUAUACCUUGA